UAUACCUUGAUGUGAAGCAAUAUUUAGAUUAAGUACUUUUGGUUUAACCAUAUCCCAAAAGGCAGUAUAAUACAAACACGAACUCCUAAAAUAUUGGUUCAGUGUUCAGUUGUGAAAUCUUGACUGAGAGUGAACAUGGUGAAGAAAUGAAUAAAUGGCAACUAACACAGCAAGAAUUAUUUUACUUACUGGCGUGCCAGGUGUAGGAAAAACAACACUUAUAAAAGAAAUAUGUAAAGUUUUAAAGACAAAGUCAGUAAAUGUGCAGGGGUUUUAUACCCAGGAAGUCAGAGAAAGGGGACAGAGGACAGGUUUUAGUGUUAUAACACUGGAUGGGGAACAUGGUCCUUUAGCAACAGUACAGUCUAGUAGUGAUAUACCAAGUGGCAGACAGUACACUGUUGGAAAGUACAAUGUCUGUUUACAGUCUUUUGAAAAUACAGCCUUACCUACACUGCAAGUUAAGGUAUUUAAGGAUAAACAGAACAGAGUCAUUAUCAUAGAUGAGAUUGGGAAAAUGGAGUUAUUUAGUCAGAGUUUUAUCAGACAUGUCAAACAUAUUUUGGAUACAAAAGGUUUAACUGUCAUAGCAACAAUACCUGUGCCAAAGGGGAGACCACUCCAGCUGGUAGAGGAAGUUCGAGCAAGACCAGAUGCACUAGUUUUUACAAUAACUAAGGAAAAUAGAGACAAUAUUUUAGCAGAUAUAUCAUCAUCUGUGAUGCUGUCAUUAAAAGACAAUACCUGAUUAGCUUUGUUAAAAAGUUUUAUUUCUUGAGAAAACAGAAUUUUCGUGCCUUUCAAAGAUAGAGCUUACAUGCAUUCAUGCAGACUGAAAUAUGAAGAUCUAGAAGCCUAAAAACCUACCAAAGAGUUUAAUACAAAUUUGUAGACUAUGCAGAAAAGCUGAGUUACUUCAGAUAGUGUUGCCAUGUGAUAUUUUCAUGGGCAUAAGCUUUAACAAGAUAUUAAAAAAGCAUAUUUAAAGACAUCUCUUUCUUAUAAAGUUUUGAAUUUAAUCUCACCUAAAAUAUAUGAAAGAUAUACAUUAAUCGAACAGCAUCCAAACGAUACAUACCUCAAAAGACUUCUAGAGGUCAAUAUUCCGUCUUUUGCAACUGAAAUGUCAAAAGUUGUGACUGAAUUUGACUGAAAAUAUUUUAGAUCUGCCAUUGUCAUGGAAUUCCUGAAGCAGAUAUUUUUUUUACAACUACCAGUAGACACUUCUACAACAGGAAUAUAGAUUUAGGUUAGACACAUGUGACAGUAAAACUUGUCUUUGGACACAACUUGUUACCUUUUUAGCUCACUUGUUCUAAAAGGUCAUGUGUUUUUGGCUAUUACUUGACAUUCAUUUUUGUUGUCCCUUUUUCAAAAACUUCUCUGAAGUUUUUGUGACAAAUGUUGUUAAUAACAAAUAUUAACAGAAUGGACCUGAGGGAAUCUAGUUUAAAAAUGGUAUCCAAACAUAUUGCUUAAAAAUAGAAGUAGUGGUAAAAUGUAUUUUUUAGUUUAUAUCACUAAAUUUUUAGACAAUUGA